UGAUAGACGUCUUCCACGAUGAUACCAAGGCCUAAUUCCUUCAAAGAGAAGACAUCAUCAAUGAUAGACUUGGUGUCUUACAGUUGAGGGCUUGAAAACUCCUAAAAGUUGUUCCCAUGUGGACUUUACCUCCACCAGGAUGUGACAAGUGGCAGCAGGAUGGCACUGGGGCACACAGUUCAACUCAAGAUAUCUAUUGAAAUCGAGACUCCUACCCAGAUAUCUUUAGUGGAUGAAGCAUCAGGAGAGGUUUUUAUUUCAGGGCAAUAAUGGAACUAUCUUGUACACAGGAGACUUCAGAUUGGUGCAAGGAGAAGCUGCUAGAAUGGAGCUUCUGCACUCCGGGGGCAGAGUCAAAGACAUCCAAAGUGCAUAUUUAGAUACUAUGUUGUGUGAUCCAAGAUUUUACCAAAUUCCAAGUUGGGAGGAGUGUUUAAGUGGAGUCUUAGAGCUGGGUCAAAGCUGGAUCACUCGGAGCCUGUACCAUGUUGUGUGGCUGAACUGCAAAGCAGCUUAUGGCUAUGAAUAUUUGUUCACCAACCUUAGUGAAGAAUUAGGAGUCCAGCUCACGUUUCCUCCCCCUCCUCGCCUGCUAAAUAACUGCAAACAGGGACAGAUGGAAGCACCCUAUCAAGACGUGUCUGCAGCAGAGGUUGGCGGGCCCUCUGAAGGAAUAUAUCAUCUUAGUUCAGUCACAUCCUCCAAGGAGAAAAUUGACAGAAGCCCAAAUGGCUUACAAGAGCCUUCAGUGAAAUGCCCCAUAGACAAAGUAUUUUUCCCAAACUUUGGGUCAUGAAAUAAAUUUAGCGAUUGUGACCAGCAUUGAAAAUAAAUUUGAACAAGGAGAUAUGG